AUGACAAUCAAAGACAUUGGUGUCCAUCUAGAUAUCUGUAAAUGGAUCUUCUUCAAGGACCUCUCAGCUCAUGUCCAGGACGAAGGAGUAGAUACAGCCUCAGUGAGAAGGAAAAGUCCCAAAUCGGGUAUACAGUCAAUUGAUUCCCAGAAACUGCUGUACUUUGUAUUUCCUAGGGAUCCGUUCUUCGAGAAGGAGUUUCAUACAGUUGGCAAGGAGUUAUUUUUUCUCCUUGAGUACUGUAUUGACUACUACAUGCAUGAUCCACUGCCCCACGAUAUAAAGAUUGCAGCAAUUGAGAGUCUGGUAUCUACCUCAAAGCUAAAAUGGGCAUCGCUUCAGAAGACUUUAAUCAAAGCCGGGAAUUUGCUCGACGAGACUCUGCCCGAGUAUCUACACAUACUUGUCGCUCAUCAGUGGAGUGUUCAAUUCCGGCUACAAUCGGAUUUUAUUGGCUCUGAGCAAGUUAUUCAUCAGUACUGUAUGCGAUCCAAACAGCCGGUUACUGGACGAGAGUAUGCCCUGAGAAUGCAAUUACACGUUUCACACUUGGAGAAGCUGAUACAAACAGAGCGAUAUAACCAGGCAAACAAAGAGGUAGGAGAAUGGAAAAUACAAGAGUUCAAUUCAGCAAUGAGCUCUCAGGUUGCGCCUAGUCAGACUUUGGUCAUUUAUAAGCUUGACCGCUGUCAGGGCAAUUUUGACGAGGUCUAUACAGCCCUGGAAAGCUGCUAUAACAGAAUCAAGGAGAAAAUGGCUCUCGCCAUUACCAGGUUCUUUGCGGAUUAG